AUGUUAUUGCUUCAAGAAUUUGAUGUGGAAGUGAAAGACAGAGUUGGAAGUGUCAACCAUGUGGCAGACUACCUAAGUAGGCUACCUUUAGAAACCAAGGGAGUACUCGAUUAUGAUAUUAUCUGUGAUUCAUUCCCUGACCAAUCUCUAUUUGCAUUGUCUGCUUCUCAACCAGGGUUUGCUCACUUAGUUAACUAUAUUGCUACUGGUCUAAUCCCCUCUCACUUGACUACCUUUCAGGCUCAAAAGCUUAAGAGCAAAGCUUCCUAUUAUAUUUGGGAUCCACCGCACCUAUGGAGGUUAUAUUCUGACCAAGUGAUUAGACGGUGCAUUCCAGAAGUAAAAGGUCGAGCCAUUCUGGAGGCUUGCCAUGAUACCUUGUGUGGAGGCACUUCAGUACUAGAAAAACAGCUAGGAAGGUGGGUAGAAGCCAUACCCACACGAAAAGAUGAUGCACCUAUGGUUUCUAAAUUUCUGAAGUUCACCAUCUUCAGUAGAUUUGGGGUACCCAAAGUGCUAAUUAGUGAUCAGGGAACCCACUUCUGCAACAAGUUACUCAAUAACUUGUUGGCAAAAUAUGGGGUUUCACACAAAGUGUCCACCCCUUCUCAUCCUCAAACAAAUGGUCUGGCUGAAGUAUCAAAUCGAGAGAUCAAGCGCAUCUUGGAACAGAUUGUCAAGCCCUCCAACAGAGACUGGAGCCUAUUGCUUGGGACUGCAUUUUCUGAAAAAGAUUUGGUUUUGAGCAAACUAGUUCGUGCUGCAUCUUCUGAACUUUCUGGGUUUAGGUCGGACCUCGAACCUUUCUGA